GGCAUUUACACCGUACGCAGUCUUAACUGAGAUGGGGAAUAAAAUGCCUUCAUCCUGAUGCUAAAAACGUCUCACUCCCCAUUCGUUCGGACAACGGGGGAACCCAAGAAGAGAGAAUGACGGAAGGUGAAUUGAGGUGGAACCCAUCUUCCCCUUCUAUUUUCUGACUUGAAGGCCUUACAUUCGACGAAACCGGAAUCCAGUUCACGUCACUUGCGAGCUGAAGCGAUUCACCCGCUUGCAGAAACCAGUUCGUUGUUCCAUCGAUUCCAGUGAUUACUCAGGAAAUCGUCCAAAUCGAGGAACGGUUAAAUCUUCAGCAGCAUCGGUUCCAUCGUUCGAACGCUACAAGCGGUAGACCUCCUAUCUCAUCCCAAUGGUUGGUCUGCUCGUGUCUUACCUCGUUACUUUUAUUUGAACAUUUGAGUAUAUAAAGAAGAAAACUGCUUCUUAGCAAAUGAAGAUUCAAGGAGACAUAAGUGUUUAUCAUCUUAUCAACAAGCUCCAGCGUAGGUAUCAGAUAUUCUAUCAUGCGAAGGGGUGGUUGUCACUUUCUCAGUUUCGCAUUUCUGUGGCUGGUAUUUUGGGUGUGGGUGGUUUGUUUUUGGCUAUUCGAGAUGGUAAGUUGGGAAACUUCCGUAGCUUGCCAUGGUUGUCUGAGGCAAAAGAUGGUUCGGAGAAGUUGUAUUUUGUAGCUGGAUUACAAAAUCUUGGCAACAGUUGCUUUCUAAAUGUAGUGUUACAGGCUCUUGCUAGUUGUUCUUGCUUUCUUCCUUUUCUCCAGAAAAUAAUUGAGGAAGAAGAUUUGUUGGCUAAGAACAUGCCCCUUACUGUUGCUUUGGUUGCUUUAUUAGAAGAGUUGUGUAUUGUCCGGGAUGGAAGAAUGGUAUUGAGUCCACGGAGAGUGAUGUUUGCCAUGAACCAAUAUAUUCCUAACUUUAAUUUAACAAGUCAGCAGGAUGCAGCAGAGGCAUUCCUUCACCUCUUAUCCUCUUUAAGGGAGGAAUUCUUAGAAGGCUAUGUUCCACAUUACAGUUCACUAGCAGAUGUCUUGGCUCUUCCUCUUGAUAGAAUUUCUGUUAUAAAGACAGGGGAAGACCAGAAUGAAAAGAAAAGGUGGCAACAACACUACCUCGGACCAUUUGAUGGAAUUCUUGGCAGUAUUUUAACUUGUAAAAGUUGUUCAUUUCAGCUCUCGAUGGAUUUUGAGUUUUUCCACAGCUUGAAUCUCUUGCCAGUACUGGCUGGUAGUGCAACCAUUAUGGCUGGAUGUAGUGUUGAGGAUUGCCUGAAGCAGUUCACCAUUGCCGAGCACAUAGAAAACUAUCAUUGCAACCGCUGUUGGCAUAUUUCUGCACAGAAAUAUUUAUCUUCAACAGCUGGAAAUGAGGAAAAAAUUGAAAAACUUAGAUGCUGUGUAGAACAAGAUUCUUGUGGCUGUAGAAAUAUCUUUGGUAAGGAAGCAUUAUCAUGGUCAGAUACAUUUUCACGCACUCUCAAACAAUCAAGUAUUGCUCGUUGCCCGAAGAUUCUGUGCAUUCAUCUACAGCGUGCUUCAAUAAAUGAAUUUGGAGAACUGGUAAAGCUUAAGGGCCAUAUAUCUUUUCCAAUGAUCUUGGACCUUUUCCCAUUCACAAAGGAUGCAGUGGGAGUGGGACUAGAAAACAUGGAGAAAGCCAUGGAAAGAAUGCAAGUGAAGCAUCAAAUGCUAAUGCCUCAUCUCAAUCACUUCUACACGCAAUUUGAUCGACAAGUAUUGCAGAAAAUGCGUGGACUGGCAGGGGAUGGCAUUUCUUCAGAAGCAUUGGUUGGAGAUGAAGUGAGAUACUCUACUUAUAAACCAUCGUUUAAUUCCUUCUCUCAAGCUUCUGAAGAACCUGGUCCAGCUCACCAUGAAUUAUGCCCAAAUCCUGAGCUUGGAAGCAUGCAUUUUGAGUCUAUUAAUAAGGUUAAUAACAAUUGUCGCUUGGCACCUUCAAAGGAUUACAUAUACCGUCUUGUUUCUGUUGUGGAGCACUUUGGCAGAGCUGGAAGUGGGCAUUAUACAGUCUAUAGAAGAGUGAGUGCUGACUUAGAUAGUGAGAAUUGUGAUGGAAGUUCUAAGCCCGCAUUUGUGAACUGGUUUUGUAUCUCUGAUUCAGAGGUGUUGAGUGUUUCAGAAAAAGAUGUUCUUGCUGCUGAGGCAAGCUUGCUUUUUUAUGAGAGAAUUGUAAUGCCAAGAUAAGUAUCUUCUAUGAUUCAAGGAUAUUUAUGAAUUGUGUUAAGAACUUUUUCCCUUAA